AUGACGAUUAAGACUAUCCAUGGGAACUUGCAAUUCCAGAAGCCCUCCUCUCUACGCUGGACGUGGGAGUCACCCGGUGGAGUGCAUUGUAAUGAAAUAAACCACAUCAUCUUCAAUAAAAGGUUCUGCCCGACGGACGUCGAUGUUGUACCAAAGUUCUAUACGGGAUCGGACCAUCGCCUCCUCCGAGGAAGAUUUUCCUUCACAAGGAGAGCAGAGAAAGCCGCCAAGUUCAGAGAGAGAAAUCCCAGGACUACCAUCAACUGGGAUCUCUUCGCUACGCUAGCCGGCUUUUGGGAAGAUUCCGCAAUGGACAACAUCGACGAGGAAUAUGACCGGCUUGUUGAACGCCUUCACGACUGCGCGAAGAAGGCUGAGAGUUUUAAAACCACCAAGAUGCGCCUGUCUCUUGAAACUCUUGAGCUGAUAUGCCAGCGUGGAGCAGCACAAGCCGCAGGGAACCAAGAACUCACGUCCGAGCUCGCAAGGCUUUGCAGAGAGGCGAUAAAGGAAGACCGUAAAGAGAGAAGAGCAGAAGUGCUGGCUGAAGCUGCAGAGGCGGGGAAAAGUAUCCGCUAUGCCCGUCGAGACUUCGGCAGUCGCAAGACGGGGAUGACUGCUCUCCGGAACCCAAAGGGAACAGCCAUUGCAUCGAGAAUGGGGAUGGAGAAAAUCAUCUACGACUUAUACUCUGAUCUCUUCGACAGCCAUGUCCAUUUACCUCCUCACCAUCUGAGGGAAGAGGGGCAAGUCAUUCCAGAGGUCCUCCCGUCCGAAAUACGACAUGCUAUCAUGUCAGUAAGAAAUCGUACGGCACCCGGUCCCGACAGAAUAAGACCAGAACACCUCCCGCCAGUGCUCAUCAACACCCUGGCGAGGCUCUUUACACGUUAUCUGUCGAAAUGCAAGGUUUCUAAGCAGUGGAAGACCAGCAAGACCGUGUUGUUGUAUAAAAAGGGAGAUCCACAUGACAUCGGCAACUAUCGUCCAAUCUGUUUACUGUCCGUCAUCUACAAGCUCUUUGCAAGAGUGAUCCUUAAUAGGAUUGAAAAAGCCUUGGAUGAAGGACAGCCGUGCAAGCAAGCAGGGUUUCGAAAAGGAUUCAGCACGAUUGACCACAUUCACACUGUUUCGAAACACAUCGAGAAGGCCUUCGACUCAGUUGAGACGGAAGCGGAUAACCAAGGCGUCCCUGCUCAGUACAUAAAGAACAUCAUUAUUGACGUGAAGAGAGGGGUCCGACAGGGUGAUACAAUUUCACCCAAAACAUUCACAGCCACCCUCGAGAACGCAAUGCGAAAGUUGGAAUGGGACUACAUGGGAGUGAAGAUUGAUGGUCGGCAGCUACACCAUUUGCGCUUUGCUGAUGACAUCGUACUGAUAACAUCUAGCAUCAGCCAAGCGGAACGAAUGCUGACCGAAUUUGAUGAAACAUGUGGAUGCAUCGGUCUUCAGCUGAAUAUGCAAAAAACGAUGUUCAUGCGGAACGGAUGGGUCUCGGAUGCCUCAUUAACGCUCAACGGAACGAACAUAUCCGAAUGCACCAGCUACGUUUAUCUGGGUCGGGAACUGAAGAUGAUGAACGACCUGACCCCCGAGCUGGGCAGAAGGAAACGAGCGGCUUGGGGAGCGUACAAGAGCAUCGAGGAUGUAGUGAAGAAGACCAGGAACACCCGGCUCCGUGCUCACCUCUUCAACACCACCGUACUUCCUGCUUUGACCUAUGCUUCGGAAACCUGGGCAUUUCGCAAGCAGGAAGAAAACGCGGUGAGCGUCAUUGGACGCGCAGUUGAGAGAGUGAUGCUAGGAGUAUCCCGUUUCACGCAAGUGAGGGACGGGAUUCGAAGUUCUUUCCUACGUCAACGAUCGAAGAUUAGAGACGCCGCCGCGUUUGCCAAGGAAAGUAAAAUAAGGUGGAACGGACACGUGAUGCGCUUUAAUGACAACCGUUGCACCAGAGCCGUGAGCGACUGGGUUUCCCGCGAUAUUAAGCGCACUGAAGGAAGACCGCCGACCCGAUGGUCAGAUUUCUUCACGAAGUCCUUCAAAGAGAAAUAUGAUGCUCUUCGUGUCCCACGCGAAAGGAGGAACCACUGGGCUACUCUGGCACGCGAUCGGGACAAAUGGAAGAAUUACUGGCGCCCACUCGACCAGUUCGAAGAUCAACGGGAGUCAAGGUGA